AUGCGUAGCUGGCUAAAAGACUGGGCCAAGCUAGGCCACAAUAUCUUUAUUCACAAACAUCUCUACCGGUCCGAGUUACCAUCAUGUUUAGAGGAUGCUUACACGGCGCUUACCGCGUACCUGGCCAAGACCGAAGAGACGGAAGACAUGGUGCUCCGAAUAAUUGAAAAUCGCGCCGCAAGUCUCCACCAACAACAGUCUCUCAUGCUCGAGGGGUUUGAUCGGCUGGAUCUCGCAUUAUUAAUAUACACCUUGAUUCGCCUUGUUGACGGAUCUCCUCGGCAACGUGCUCUAGGUGAGGCCGCAUUCAGCACCUUAGAUCAAUGGUGUCAGGAGAUGAGGGACGCAGCUCUCACCGAGGCACCACGCCUUUAUGAAACAUUGGGCCAGCUGCGAUCUAAUGAUGUUGGUGGUGGCAGCGGCAGGGCGGAGUUCGCAGUCUGGCAGGCGUGGAUCCUAUCUGAGAGCCUGCGGCGAACCUGGAUGCUGGUAUCCGGGACUUUCUAUGUAUAUCAUGACAAGGCCAACGGCUGGCCUGGAUGCUCCGGCUUUCUCAUGUUCACCACCCGGCAGGGCCUAUGGGAAGCCCCGAAUGCCUGGCGGUGGGUGCAGCAGGUCCGGGAGCAGAACCCGCUGUUUCAGCAGAGCGUCAACUUGCCGGGGCUCAUGGAAGACACGUCGCCCGCUGAGAUAGACUCUUUUACUAACCAGUUGCUUAGCAUCCUACUCUCACCGGAAGAUAUAACCCGCUGGGCCACUCGAACGGCACAGAUUGAGGGAUAG